AUGGAGGGCUCUGGAGACAGAGCGCACGGACCGCAGCAGGAGAAGAAGCGGCUGAACAGAGUUGCUUCUCCCGCUAGACCUUUCAUGAAGGAGGUGCACUCCCGCUCCUCCAGGUCCUCCCUUUCCCCGAAGUCUCCCAAACUGUCCAAACCUCCCGCGGCACCGCUGAGCCGCAGCUCCCGCCGCCCCGCUCCUGCUCCCGCGGUGAAGAGCCACAGGACUCCUCCGAAGAAGAGCCCGAAGAAAGUGGAGCUUAGCCCCGCGCUGCUGCAGAAGGGGAAGCCCUCCCCCGGGUCUCCCAUCCGUGUGCCCACCGGAGCAGAGUCGCCUGCACCCGGAGCGCCCGGAGCACCCGGAGCAGCGGGCAGCAGCUCGGACCUGUCGGACUGUUCCGCCCCUGAGUCUGCCACCGGCUCCAGUGACCGGGACACUGUGGGGGCGCGUGCAGAGCCCCCCGGGGCCACGAGCCUGCCCCCCCCUCAGACCGUCCCUCAGACCUCCAGAGACCCCCCGGAGGAGGAGCUGCUGCGGGAGAUAGAGGACCUGCGCUCAGAGAACGACUACCUCAAGGAUGAGGUGGAGGAGCUCCGCGCUGAGAUGGAGGAGGUCCGGGAUAACUACCUGGAGGAGGAGGUGUACCAGGUGCAGGAGCUGCGGCGGGAGCUGGAGCGCUCCAACAAGAGCUGCCGCAUCCUGCAGUACCGGCUGCGGAAGGCGGAGCAGCGCAGCCUCCGGGUCGCUCAGACGGGACACGUGGACGGGGACAUGCUGCGGGCGCUGGAGCAGGACCUCAAGGUGGCUAAAGACGUAUCGGUGCGGCUGCAUAACGAGCUGGAGGCGGUGGAGGAGAAGAGGAGCCGAGCGGAGGACGAGAACGAGACGCUGAGACAGAAGGUCAUCGAGGUGGAGGUCGGCAAACAGGCGCUACACAACCAGCUGGACCGCACAAAAGAGGACGAUGCUCUGGAGCACGCUGCCAAAGGGAUGGACAAAACAAAUAUAUUGGAGGUUAAAUACAUUAAUUGUAUUAAAGGAAGAGGAAUAUUUGCAAAGAAAAAAGUACAACAAGGAGACUUCGUGGUGGAGUACAAAGGGGAGCUGAUUGACUCGGCGGAGGAGGAAAGACGCCGUAGAGUAUAUUCGCCAAGAUGUUCAGUCUUCAUGUAUAAUUUUCAGUGGCAUGAGAAGACAUGGUGCAUUGAUGCAUCACGAGAAGACCAAAGCUUUGGAAGAUUGGUCAAUGAUAACGUCCGCCCUAACUGCAAAAUGAAGAAACUUAUUCAUGAUGGCAAACCUCAUCUGUUCCGCAUGGUGCCCUUCCUGACGGAGCUGAGGGCCGUGAUGGACUGGGUCUGGACCGACACGUCUCUGUCUCUGUCCUCCUGGAUCUGUGUGGAGGACAUCUACGCUCACAUCUUCAUCCUCAAGUGCUGGAGGGAGUCGGAGAAGAGAUACCCGCAGCCUCGAGGGCAGAAGAAGAAGAAGGUGGUGAAGUACGGGAUGGGAGGCAUGAUCGUGGCGCUGCUCAUCUGCAUCGUGUGGUUCCCGCUGCUCUUCAUGUCUUUGGUCAAAUCUGUGGCCGGCGUCGUCAACCCGCCUCAAGACGUGUCCUUCGAGAUCACGCUGGCCGGGUUUCAGCCCAUCUUCACCAUGAGCGCUCAGCAGAAGCAGCUCCAGAACGUGAGCGAGGAAGAGUUCGAGCAGUUCAGGACCAGAUACCUCGGAGACGAUGAGGCGCUGCAGUGGCUGGAGAGUUACAUGCCUGUGGACCUGGUGAUCGCGGAGCUCAAGGGAAGUUCCAACUCCCUGUGGACCAUCAGCCCCCCGAGCCGCCGGAACCUGAUCGACAUGCUGGGCUCCGACGAGGACUUCCCCAUCACCGUGGCCUGGUCUGUGCAGAGAAACCUGAGUCUCGGCGCCAAAUCUGAAAUAGCGUCGGGGAAACUGGUGAAGCCUCUGGAGCCUCAGACCAAGAAGGAGCUCAUCCAGUUACUGCAGGGAUCUGGCAACAAGAAAGUGAUUUUUCCGGAGCUGUUUCCUCGCUACAUCCGAGCUCCCAGUGACUCAGACUCUAAAGCUGUGGAGCAUCUUUAUAAAGAUGAUAAGAUGUUGAACCUGUCGGUGACGUUGAUGCGCUCUCAGAACGACUCGGGCCAGGUGCAGGAGUGGUGGAUCGUGAGCCAGACUGAACCAGGACCUCUGGACAAGAGAGGGGCCAAGAAGAAGCUGGACGCUGGUCUGGACGUCUAUGUGUUUAGCGACCAAGUCAGUCCCCCCAGUCUGGGCUUCCUGGCGGGAUACGGCAUCAUGGGCCUGUACGCCUCCGUGGUCCUCGUCAUCGGGAAGUUUGUGCGAGAGUUCUUCAGCGGGAUUUCUCACACCAUCAUGUUCGAGGAGCUUCCCAACGUGGACCGCAUCCUCAAGCUCUGCACGGACAUCUUUCUGGUCCGAGAAACCGGAGAGCUGGACCUGGAGGAGGACAUGUACUCCAAGCUCAUCUUCCUCUACCGCUCGCCCGAAACCAUGAUCAAGUGGACUCGCGAAAAAACAGAGUGA